CACUAUCAGUGCGCAUGCACCUUACCAGUCAGUAUGUGAUAUCCAGUGUCAGGUGUUCGCGCUAGCUUUCCCACUUGUCGAUUAUGUUUAAUUAAGAAAACUCGCUCGAGACGAUGGAGAUGAUCGAUUAAAUUCAUUGCUGCUUUUUCAGAGUUAUUCUGCCGAUCAAUUCUGCGCUAACUAGAAAGCAUGACUGCGCGAGAGAUGGAGGUGGAAAAUCUCAAGCAGCAAGGAAAUGCGUGUGUCAAGGAAGAAAAGUACAAGGAAGCAAUGUUUCAUUACACACAUGCCAUCAAGCUGGAUCCACAGAAUUAUUCUCUGUACAGUAACAGAUCCUUUGCCUUUCUAAUGAUAAGACAAUACCAUUAUGCCAUGGAGGAUGCCUUAAUGACUAUCCGAUUGAAGCCUGACUGGUCCAAAGGUUAUUUCAGGAAGGGUGAGGUUGAACUAAGAACAUUCCGUUUCGGUGAAGCGCUUAAAUCUUACUCCAGAGCUCUGUCCUUACAACCGAAUGAGCCCAAAAUUUUAGAAGCUAUAAACACAGCGUCCAGAUCACUAAUCAAAGAUCAGAGAGCUGAUCAACAGAUUCCUUGGCUUGGAGCUGGCGUCGGCAUUAUAUUAGGAGUCAUAGUUGUGAUUGCUGACUAUGUUUUUACAAACAAGCCGACGUUAACGUAUCCUCUACUGAUGGCGUUACUAACAAUAUCUAUAGCCAUGCUAGGUUUCGUAAUUGCGAAGGGAUUUCGUUACUUCAUCAAGUGCCAAAGAAAAUCGCUACUAGAUCCGCCCGUCGAUCUCUUCCCCGACGAAAAGGAAGAUCUCGAGAACACUGACAUGGACAACUUGUACAAUGAGAAGGAAAAACAUCCGAAAUACAGUAAAGCUCAAGCAAGGCACCGAUUCCGCAAGGGAAAAUCGUAGUGCGUUUGACUGUUCGUGCACGCACUCUCGAAUGACUCGAAUAAACAGAUGCAUCUUGUUACUGCAUCUACGACGCGUCAAGGUUACACAAGGACGCGUUUAAUUCUGUCAUUAUUGUCAUUAAUCAAACUGCCUUUUCGACAAUUUUGUACUUUUAGAUCUACGGUGUACUACAUAUUAUUUUUGGUUUUACAAACUAUUAGAGUGACAUUUAAAUUUUACGAUCAAAACAUUUGUGAAUCACGUCUUAUAUCUGUUGCUGCUUUAACAAGCAGCAGUUUAUGUUUGCAUUAAACACACGAUAAAUUUUAUCUUUUACAAAAUAUACACGAAUAAUUUAGAUAAAACUAUCCAAGGCAUGAAGAAAUAUAAGAACUAGUCACGUAAUAAUUACAUAAAUGGCCAGUAAAAACACUUAAACGUGUGAAUGAGAUGUGAAUGCAUUUUUACAACGUAACAAACUUGAAAAAAAAUAGGAAAAGUCAUAUUUGACACUUCUCUUCUUCUUGCUCACUUAGAAACCUUAGCAAAAAAUAUUAUCUCUUGAAUUAUAAUAUUUGUCCUUGUGAUUCUUAUACAACGAAACAAUGAAACAUAAACGUGGCUCGAUAGCAUUAAGAAUUGUGCACUUUUUCUCUACACCUUUUGCACUAUGUAUUAAACAUGCGCGUGACGCAUUCUUAUUAAGAAAACAUUUCGCAAUUGAAAUUUAUGUAUCCGAGAAUACAUAUAUACGUACGUAUAAGUUCGAUUGUAAGAAAAUGUCCCGUUGACCUCAAAGGCGACAGUAGAAUCUACUUUAUAGUUUUACCAGUUCAUAGUUUAUUAAACGUUUGUUAUAAAAAAAAAAAAAAAAAAUCAUGAUCCGAUUUGUUGUCACAUACAACGUGCUAUGAAGCGCAAUUUACAUUAUAUAAUUAUCCAAUAAAGAGAGAACUGGAAGAUA